AUGCUCACCAACCCGUUAAAGAACGCGGGCACUCGUCGAUAUGUUGCCCCAAGUUUUGACUGGACCAAUAUCUCGCCUUCCACCUCGCUGGCGUAUGUUGAUUGCUUCAACGGACUGCAGUGCGCUCGUUUACAAGUGCCCAUGAAUUGGAACAGCACCACGGACGAAGACACUGUCGCGGUUGCCAUAGUCCGGGUUCCAGCCCGAGUUCCGGUCACUGAUCCGCGUUACGGCGGCCCGAUUUUGGUCAACCCCGGCGGUCCUGGAGGAUCUGGCGUUGGGGUCGCAAUUGCUGCGGGUGCGAAAAUGCAGGCAGUUUUCGAUGCGGCCUACCUUCACAAUAGUUCGUCCUAUAUAUCUGACGAACCAAGUGCCAAGUAUCUUGACAUUAUUGGCUUUGACCCUCGCGGGGUAAAGAACACAACACCAUUUCGGACUUGCCACUCUAAUCCUGCCAACCAAGUCACUUGGUCACUGCAAGGAGACCACCUCGUCCUUGGCUCUCCAGAAACAAAUACUGAUUAUUUGUGGCAGCGUUCUGUUGCUUUGGGCAAGAGCUGUCCAUGA